UUGAAAUUCGAUUAUAGUCCAAAUUCGGUGAUGUAAGUUGUUGCAAACCUCGUUAAUUAUAGUGUAAUUCAUCAUUGACUUUUUCAACAAAACGAGUGAACUAAAUGAAUAAUGCUAAAUUAUAACAAUACCAACCGAACUACAAUUACAUUGUAAAAAUAGACUUAAUUCCACAGCUAUUUUUUCAGAAUACAAACGAUGAUGGCUAUAUGUGCUUAUUGAAAUUUGAGAUUUAAUAGGAAUUUUAUUUUGAUCAACCGAUACUAUUUUGGUUUCUCUUGUCAUUAAAGAAAAUAACAAACGAAAUACCAUUUAAAAGUAGUUUAGUUAAUCACUUCAUCUGAACCUCCACAUGUUUUGUUCACAUGCUUUAUCUACGGAUACGGAUCUUACCGUUACCUCCACCCAAAAGGCCAAAUUUGCAUUAUUAUUAUUUUUGGUAAAAACCAAACUUGCAUUAUUAUCAUAGUUAACUUGUUUUAUUAUAUUUUUAUUGAUUAAUAUAAGUACAACGCAAACGUGUAGAUGUAGAUCAUACUGGCAGGCUCAUGUGAUCAACCUCUUGCCGUUAACUCCACCCAAAAGGCCAAAAUUCGCAUUAUUAUUUCUUUUGGUAAAACCAAAAUUUGUUUUUUUAGAGAAAAUAUGUAUGAAGGCAAAAGCAUGCAUUGUUAUUUUGUUACUAAAAACAAAAACUUCCAUUAUCAUAGUUGCUUUAUUAUAUUUUAUUGAUUAAAAUAAGAACAACACAAACGUGUGGUAAAUCAUUAUUUUAGAAGGAAAAAAAAUACUUACAUUAUCACUCUUCUUUACUUUGAGUCACAGAAUUAAAAUUUUUAAUAUAGAUUUAAAUUCAUAAAUUUUCUUUUAAAAAAUGUGAUUGUCGCGUUGAGCUUUCUUCUUGUGUCCUCUUUGGAAAUGUUGGAUUCCUCCAUUUUCAACAGCUUACUCGGUUUCAGGUAACUAGAAGCAUUUUCAACGUGGCUAAAACAUGAAAUGCACAAUCGUGGAUCAGCAUUGUCCAUGCAUUGUCCUCUGGCACCACAUUGUAGUCUGUAAGUUCACGUGUAAUGUGUAGUAGCUGGAAAAAAAAAGAGACACAUUAUUAUUACUUAAGCUAUAGAAAGAAAGGAUGAGAUCUGCAUGUUGGUAAAAAAAAAGGAUGAGAUCUGCACGAAUGGCAUGAGCUUUUUAAAUAGCAGACAAGCCAGCAUUGGUUUUAAUUAGUCCCUCGUGCAAUGAGCACAUCUCAAUGCCUUAAAAGAAAAUUUGAGAAUUGAGCUUUGAGGAUGGUAUUGGCUGGCAAGAGAUAUAGAUCUUGAUAAUUACUUUUAUAUUAAGUUGAGAUGCCUUUUGUCACCUUCGAAAGGAGACACUAUACUGAUGAUCUAAAUAUUCUAACCACCAUGGAUUCUCAUAUCUCUCUCUUUCCUGAUGGCGUAUAUAUGUAUUCCCGGAGAGGCAUUGAGCAGGCAGAACAAUCAUCGUUAUCUCUCUCAUCUUUAGCUUAAAGAUCAACAAAAUGGCAAUCUAUUUCCAUGUUCGCUCUAACAGUUUCCCUUCUAGAGUUCACCCACAAGCUGCUCAUGUGGAUGAGCAGUUGAUUCGUUUGAGAUCUUCUGAGGAAGCGUCAACAUCUUCAAGCUCUUCAAUCUGUCAAAGACUUAACAACCUUCAAGAGCUUCAACAAUCUCUUGAAAAACUUAUUCACUUACCUGCCACAGAGCAUGCUCUAGCUCAAGAGCAGAACAAGAAAGCCACCGAGCAACUUCUUGAUGGAUCUCUCAGGAUCUUGGAUCUAUGCAACAUUUCCAGGGACGCUUUGUCGCAGAUGAAAGAAGGUCUCAUGGAGAUCCAAUCCAUUCUAAGAAGAAAGCGUGGAGAUCUAUCAGGAGAGAUUAAAAAAUACUUAGCCUCAAGAAGAUCUCUCAAGAAGUCAUUCCAAAAGGUCGUCAAGAGUUUGAAGGUCAAACAAGACCUGAAGUGCAACGAUGACUCUUUGGCUGUGUUUGAAGAAGCAGAAGCUAUCAGCGUGAACAUUUUUGAUUCUCUCUUCUGCUUUAUGUCUGGAUCAAAGACUUGUAGCAAAUGGUCAUUGGUCUCAAAGUUGAUUAACCAGAAAAAAGUUUCAUAUGAAGCUCAAGGCAACGAAUUCACAAAGGUGGACUCCGAAUUCCAGUCUGAGAAGACCUUGAAGAUGGAGGACGGUCAGAACCUAGAGUCAUGCAUUCAAGAUCUUGAAGAUGGACUUGAAUCUCUCUCUAAGUCUUUGAUCAAAUACAGAGUUUCAAUUCUUAACAUCUUAGGCCAAUAAGCCUACAAUUUUUGUAUAUACAUGAAAGAAAAUUUAAUAGAAACUAUUUUAUGAUUUAUCAUAUACUUUGUGUUAUCCAUUCUUAAUUUGAUUCUUCCAUCAUCUAAGCACAUGCUCAGUCCAUAAUCAAGAAAAUAACAAUAACUUUAAUCAACAUCUAUCAAUAGGUCACCGGUUCGCACCCGGUUGUGCCCUAUUCUUUUAAUUAAGCAAAAAAAAAAAACAUCUACCAAGGUCUGUAGAACUUCUAAAUUGGAAAAAGUUUUCAAUUUAAUGAGGGUUAUUGAUUUAUGUAUUUUAAUUUAUUUAAUUAGAAAUUUAAACUAAAUUUUCUGGCAAGUUAAGAUCCAACUUAAAUACAACAAAUUAAUUUUAGUUCCAAAAUCCUGAUUAUAAUAGGAUAAAAUCUCUGAAUUCACACGCUUUCAGCAAUAAUAGCUCAGUUCAUGUCUAUUUGAUUAAGAACGUGGAUAUUUUAUUUUAUUUUAAAAAUUAGUCAUGUAUGGUAUGAAUGGUGACCAAAGAACACGAAGAAUAAUGCAUUCCUUAACAUUCCUAAAAAAAAAUCAAUAUUCAUAAGGAAUAAUUUUGUCUUCUCAUUCUCUACCAUUCGUUUUUUUUUUGUAGAGAAAUAAAGAACAAACUUAUUCAUUGUUAAAUAUGGGAUGGAACAACCAUUCUUUUUCAUUCCUGCAAUUUUAUUCAUAUUCUUUUAUUUUCUAUUUGUUCUUUUUGUUUCCAGAGUAGUUACCAGUCAAAACUUGAUCUAAUGGUUACCAAAGUAUUUUUCAUAUAUGUUUAGAAAAAAUGUAUGAUUUAUAUCCAAAUACAAAAUAUAAAACCCUAAAUAUCUACUCUAUUCUAAUAUAAACUAUAAACCCUAAAUUAUAACUUUAAGCCUAAAUUAUAAAAAAAAAUUAUAAACCCUACAACAUAUCUUUAAACCAUAUAUUUAAUAGUAUAGAUCCUCGAUCAGGAGACUAGAAAUUUUGAAAUUUUAGUAACUACAAAUCUUUAGUAAAUAGUAUUGUUACCAUUUCAAAAUCUUUGUAAAUAGUACCAGUAUUUAUUUUUUCACCUAUUUUAGACCAAAUCGAGGUGUAUCCAUAUUUUUUAAUAGUCACCUAACAAAAUUAGAACUGAGUUUUUUAAAAUAAUUCAUUUAUAUUAGGGGAAUAGUAACAAUAUUCAUUUAUCAUAAGAGAUUCUUAUUUUCAAUUUAUUAUGAAUUUGCAUUUUGAAACGAUUUUGUCUACAAUUUAUGAAAUAUUUUCAUUUUGAAAAGAUAUUGUGCAUAAAAAUAUGAAUAUCAAAAUACUUACAAAUAUAAAGCUUCCGUUAUAUUUGGACCGACUGUAAUCCCUCUGAAAACACAUUGCUGGAAAAUUCGGUGUCCACCAAAAAUUAAACAUUUUUUUGCGGCAACUUGUUACAAGGUGUAUAUUGGUUAAGAAGAAUUUGAAAGCUAGAGAGAUUCAAGGGAGACAUAAGAUGUGCACGUUGUGGAGCUGAGAAGGAAACAAUAAAUCAUGUAUUUUUGAGUGUCUAACGGCUAUCCAAGUUUGAACCCUCUCAUGUAUUCCUUCAAACUCACAAUUCUUUCCCCUUCACUCGCUCUUUCCAAAUAUGGACCUUUUUUUUUUGGAGAGUUUUCCCACAAAUGUAAACUCAGCUAUUUGCAUGGAUUCUCUGAUUUAUUGAGAAGGAUAUGAAAAGUACGUUUUUUAGCAAUAUGGAUAUGGAUCCAAGGGAUACAAUCAAGUUUUCAGAAACGAAGAAACAUUAAUGACGUCAUUUCCUUUGAUUCAGGGACGAUGAUGUUACACGGAUAGAUCAUGGAAAGCUGAAGGUGCUUUUUAAGGACAAGGAUAGUAUAGCACAUUAGAAGGAUUUGAUGGUUUGAUUCUAAACUUUUUAAGGUUCAUAGAGCCAUUCAAGCUCAUGAUUCUUGUUCAUUAAAAAGUUAGUCGAUUUGGUGGUGAGUUUUGUGUGGUUAGAGAAGCUAAGAAAGUUAUCUCAUUGUUUGAAACUAUCAAAUCAAAAAAAAAUUUCAGAAGACUUACACGGAAGUCUUUUGUUCAAUGCAUAUGUUAGUUUUACAGUUAAAUUUAUGUGUUUGUUUUAGAGACAGCUUCUUUAGAUGUCUUCUAACUUUUUUGUAUUAACAAAUAAAUUUCAAGAAAUACCAGAGAAGACUUUUCGGUAAGUCAUCUAGGAUAAACAUGUUAGUUUUGCAAUUGACUAUAUUGUGCUAAAAAUUUGACUUUCUCUAGACGAAUUACAUGGAAGUCGUCCCCCAACAGAUUUCUAUGUAAGUCUUCCGAAAUCUCGAUGGAAGUCAUCUCACUUUCGGUGAAAGUCGUCUCAGGUUACUUUUGCAAUUAAAAAAUAAAACUUAAAUAUUUAAUUUUAAUUAGAUGACUAAGUUUUUCGGAAGACGACUUAUCCGGAAGAGGACUUACCCGGAAGUCUUCUGUGAUAACAAUCAUGUAGCCAGACCCUGGCUCUAGGGAUGUGCUAGUAGUGUAAAAGCACAUGAUCUUACAAAAUUUCUUAAAUCUCUUUGAUUCAGGGUCUCAAAAUAUACUAAGCCUGGACCUGUAAAUGUUCAAGUUAAACAGUUCAACCCUAUAAAAUAUUGGAUUUGAGGUUAGUUAUAUAAGUCCAAAUAUAGUUGGGCUUUACAGGCUUAGUAUAUUUGCGUCUUAGAUAUUUUAGGCUAAAACCUGUUUAGAAUACGGCCGGUCCAGAAAAUCAAAAACUUUAUAUUUAGUUUAGAUAAUAUCAUUUUUCUAAUGGUAGUCAUUCUUGAUAUUGACAUGGUAUUUUUUUCUUGAUCUAAACUAUAGUAAAACACAUGUAGAAGUUGUAAAUGUACCUUGGUGUUUGAAAAUUAGAAGAGUCACUUUUUCAAUUCGACAAAUAAGCCUUCUUCAUUUUAUAGAACAAGGUUGAGAUAUAUGCCUUGCGCGGUAUGAACAUUAUAUAAAAAAUAUUUUAUGUAUAAUAUGUUUUUGCAAAUAAGAAAUGUAUAUUGAAUAAUUAAAAAAUUAUUCACUAUUACGUUUAUAAUUAAAUUGGUACGGACAUAGAAAUAAAUUUUAUUAAUCCAAAAUUUUUUUUCUAUUUGAUAUGGUAUAUAAUUAAAUUUAACAUAUAUAUAGUAUAUUUUUAUAUUAAUAUCUAUUAACUGAUGUUUUCUACUUACGUUUUUUUAAUCAUUUGUAUCUUUUAUAAAGAAAUUUUCAUUGUGGGAUUAAUAGUUUUAGUAAU